AUGAUUGAAAAGCUCCAUCUCCUGAAUCCGCAGAUGUUCUUCCCCGAGACAAUGGGUCCGGAGACAACGGAUAUAUUUGCACAAGACUUCUCCGUUGAGGAGUUCGACAUCGAUUUCGAAUUCGACGCUCCUCGAUUCUACGACUUCUCCAAACCAGAACACCAUUCAGAAACAGAGGAAACAAAGCUCUGGUUUGAAUCAGCUGGAAACUAUCCUCCUUCACCGUUUAGUUUAACUUUGAGCUCGAGAUAUGAAGAUAUCCCCAAACCGAUCUCAGAUAAAUACAACGGGUUCAUAUAUUACAACGGAGCUUCGAAAGAUGUCCCCGAGGCGACGCACAAGUCUAAAACCAAACCUAUUCUACGAAAUAACUCUACUUUGACAAGACCCACUGCUUCUUUGUUGGCAAGACAGAACAAACCUCUCGACAUUUACUCUGUUCGGCUUCUCACUAGAUGUCAGAGAUCAUUAGGAAAGGUGGAUGACAAGUUCUCUUCUCUCUUAUACUCUAUGCCUCAAACUCAAAAUAACAAAAGGCAAAAACUUGAAACUGGCUUCUUGCCCAAGAUCUCACGGCUGGACCAAACUCCUUUUGUACAUAAGAUACCAAAGAAGGGGUCCAAAGUCACUGUUCCAAAGGAACCUAACCUCAAGACUGCUCAAAGGGCUACAAGACCCCGGUUUAAGGCUAAGUCAGCACCCAAGCAGAUCACAACAUUCAGCAAAACAGUUCAAGAAACGUCUUCACCAUCUUUGCCUAAAAAAAAUACGCCUCACCCCCAAGAUUUACAGGCAUGUCAUCCAAGGACAACUCUUAGAGCGAGAGAACGCUCUUCGAGUAGUGCAAAAAAUGUACCUACCGAUGAUGAUAUAGACUCCUCAACUUCAAAGUCCGUUAGUUCCAGGAAGGGUACGCGAGUCAAGGAAUCUCACAGGUCAAAAACAAAUUGUCAACAUUAUGAAUCUAAGAUUUGCCCUCUAGACUCAAAGGUGAUGCAGACAUCAAGCAAAUUCGGUGAAGCAGUCGACAUCAAACAAGAAAACAAUUUACUGAGGAUCACCGAAGGUACAAAAGACACAAAUUUUCGAUAUGAACCCUUUAUUGAAUCUCUCAGCAAACUACGUCUCACUUCAGAUACUGAUUCAGUCGCGGUACUUUUAGAUUAGUUGCUUCUCUUACACUCUUGUAUCUCACCUACAUAGA